CUGAAAUUUUUGAGCCUAGAGAAAGAUUGGCCCCCUCCGCCGCCGCCGCCGCCGCCGUUUUCCCGUUUCCCGGCGUCGGCGCUGUCCAUGUCCGGACGACCAAGGCCUCCUCUACGAGCACCCCUUCCCGUUGAUCUUCGGCCUUGCCAAGGGACACGGGACAUGAGUACACGCGGGCUCAACGAGAAGGGCGGCCAGCUCACGUGCCAGUCUCCGUCGCCGGUGGCUUCCCCGAUGGACGUCGACGACCUCCUCUCCGAGAUACUCCUCCGCCUUGCCCCGCUGCCGUCCUCGCUCCCCCGCGCGUCCCUCGUCUGCACCCGCUGGCGCCGCCUCGUCAGCGACCCCGGCUUCUUGCGCCGCUUCCGCGCCCACCAUUGGAAGCCCCUCGGCGUAUUCUUUGGAAGAGACAAAGACCUCUCCUUCAGCUUCUUCUUGCGCCCGCGGGACUCCGCCCCGCCCGAGCGCUUCUCCCUGCGCGUGCCGCGCGAGUGCCACGAAGGCGGGGGCGGGGGUGGGGGCGGCCGUGCUGACUGCAUCUGGGAAUUCUUGGACUGCCGCCCUGGGCGCGUGGUCCUAGCCAACUACGGCACCCGCCAGAUCCUGGUGUGGAACCCCGUCACAGGCGAGGACCAUCUCCUAGGAGUUUCGCAGUUCUCUGAUGCUGAUCAGAUACGGUACGGGCUACGCAUGCAAGCGGCGUUAAUCUGUGCCUCCGGCAACAAUGGACCCUUCAAGCUUGCUUUGGCGUGGGACGACAGGAGGAGCAAUGCACAUAUCUGUGUUUACUCGUCGGAGGCCGGUGUAUGGGGCAAUGUCGCCUCCGCAGCAAUCCAGCCCUGGUUCAGUGUUGGCCGUGGGAAUGUCAUGGUUGGGAACACUCUCUACUGGAUUCUAUUUGGUAGCCGGGUUCGCAUCCUUGAAUUUGAUUUGGGUAGCCAGAACCUAUCUGUGAUAGAGGUGCCACCAGACGCUGUUGAUUACGAAAACCAUUGUGGCAUCUUCCUGUGUACACUAGCAAAGGGUGGUGGCCUUAGUUUGAUGGUCAUGUCAGAGAACCUCAAGGGUCAGCUUUGGGCGUGGGAGAAGACGACUGAAGACUCUGAUGGUGCUUUUCAAUGGAUGCUUGGAGGAACAAUUGAACUGGACAUGCUUCUUUCGCUGAGAUCAGAGGGUCACCGAUCAGUAUUUUGGCUUGAAGGGAAUGAUAAUGUCAUGUUUGUGUCAACAUAUAAAGGCAUCUUCAUGGUUCAUCUCCAGUCAAUGCAGUUUGAAAUGAUUUUCGAAACUGGUCCUGUUGGCCAUUGGUCUAUCUUUCCAUUCAAGUAUCUACAUGCUCCAGGUGACAUUUUGCAUCAGGGAGGUGUAGGCAGCGACAGUGUUCAAGGAAGUCAACAAGGGCAUGGAGGAGAAGACAGAUCCGACAGGUGGGCCCCGCAUGUCAGCAUCAAAGAGGGAGGAGCACAGGUGUACGUUGCUGGGCAGAAGCGGGCCGAUGCGCAUGUGAGUUGGGAAGGAGGUGGCCCCACCUGGUGAAAACUGAAAACAAAAAGUUUUCAAGGACAGAAGAGUUUUGUCCUGUUGGAGUUUAGGAAUUUCCUUUUGGAGGUUGGUUUCAGUCUCAAAUUUGAAUGAGUUUCAAUUUGGCUUGAGGGACUUCACUUUAUAUACCACCAGAGGUUCACACUCAAGCACUCAACGUGCGCACAAUCUGUAUGUUUGUUUAAUGCAAUCUCGAAAUAUUUUCAAAACUAA